AUGGUGCUGGUUCGUUCUGGCGACGGCGACAACGUCCACGGCAUGCUUGCUGUCAUCCGCGUCUUGGGUUGCCACGCCGUGGACAUUCUGGCCAUACUCGCACGCGCGUUGGCUGCCAGUGUCGACCGCUUCAUUCUAAGUGUGCCCUUGCCGGUGUAUCUUCUCUGCAACCUUCUAACGCGCCUUGGUUUCCUGAUCGUCGAGACCGAUAGUAAGCUCAGCUGCUUACCUGAUUGUUGUGCUUGGUGUGUAGCAUUUGGCAAGCGGCUGGUGUCGGCUGGAAGGAGGUUUCAGUCAAUGGGGCAGUAUGACUUGGGAGAACUCAAGAAGGAGUGGGAACAGAGAUCAAAAUGGUUCCACAUACCUAUAUCUGACACUUCUAUUCCAGCGACGAGGGGUCAAUGGGAAGUCUUUGAGCAUGCACAUUAUAGUACUAUACACGCAAGGGCCCCCUUCCCCUGCCCCCGUCGUUUCUGCGCAAGGGCUCGUCGUCUCCGCAAGGUGGUGUGUGAUCCUUCGUAUUUACAAAACAAGGUUAGGAAGAUUGGUAGAGUUGUUCGUGCAAUUGCUAUCAUGAGCCACCCAAUCCCUAAUACAAACGAGUCCCACUCGGUUCAAAUUAUUUUGCCUCAGAAGCAACUUGGACGCAGAUCAGACAUGUAUGUUUUCUGUUGCUCAUACACGCACGAUGUUGCACCAAGAGGGAAGUUCAUUGCAUUUGUGUCUGCAGAAGCAGAGACUGAUAAUCCCCAGUCUGAGCUAAAGCCUGGAAUUGAUCUAAUUGGUUCAGUAGAUGAGAUUUUCUAUGAUAUCUAUGACAGAUAUGAACCAGUGAAUGAACCAUCUCUUGAUAAUUGCUUUGUCUCGACAAGCUAUGAUGCCACCACACAUUUUGAGACAAUUGUAACAGAUGUUCUGAACAUGUAUACAAUGAUCACCGGAAAGGUAACAUGGACUUCAUCUUUUUAUUUAUUGGAGUGAUGUAGCCUGCAGUAGUUUUUGUACUAAAAUGUUGGUCAAACUUAAGUCCAAUUAAAAGAAGACCUGUGAAUCUGUGAUUUUUUAUCGA